GAAAUUUAAAGGUUCAAGUGGAUAUGUGGACUGAACACGUGCUACAGCACCUUUACCUUCGACCACCAUCUUCGUUGCAUUUCCACCAGUGCGUAUCAUGACAACCACCUGGCAAGCCUAUUUCGAACGCGGCGUCGUGCAAUACAAACGGUCGAAAUACCAAGAUGCUGUACAAUCGUUCACAGAGGCUAUCGAUAACGGUGGCGAUCAACAAUUUCUCAUUUUUGAUUCUAGAGCCGCUGCAUAUGACAAGCUCAGAAAUCCUGUGCCUGCUCUUCGCGACGCUAAAAAGGUCAUCGACCUCGCCCCUACACGGUGGCAGGGCUAUUUGCGCGCUGCCCACAUAUUCCACGACAUGCGGAAACUUGACCAGUCCAUCAGCAUGGCAGACAUGGCCCUUGCACGUAUAAAGCCAGAAGAUGCGAAACGGCGCGCUCAAGUCACUUCCCUGAAGGACGCGGUCUUGGAGCACAGGCGACGCGUCGCGUAUCAUCUCGGCAAGGUACCCAUCGAGCUCAUGGUGGAGAUUUUUGACCUCGUCGUAUCCAACGACGCGACCCUUGUUCUCACCAUCUCCGCGGUGUGCAGGUCAUGGCGCGACGUGGCACGCAGUACCCCCACCCUGUGGCGCACCCUUGCACUAACGAACCGAAGUCCAGUUCGCAAGACUAAAGUAUGGCUUGAACGCUCCAAGGGUAGAAUACGAGAGCUCUGUCUUCGCAAGCCACUGCGGGAUGUGCCGGCGUGGAAGAUGGAAAGCCUGCGAGACGAUAUACAGUGGGACUACCUGAGAGUAUGCAGGCUUGAUACCUUCGACCUAGCCUCGCAGCUGAAAAUUUGGGGCUUGGGCCAUGUGGUUCAGCAAUGGGAGGAUGUGGAAAUUUAUGAUCAAUAUCUUCGCCAAGACUCGCUCUUCUGUCCAAACUCAAACUUGAAGCGCCUUGUGUUUGAGGUUAUAGGUUUGGACGGCGAAUAUAUAACCUCACCUCCAACCCAACUGACCACUCUGGUCAUUCGGAUAGCUCCUCUACUCGGCGCAGAUAUCGGUUUUAUAUCUCUUAUUGGUUUUAUAUCUCUCCUUGCCCAAAAUCCGAACUUAGAGACAAUGGAGCUCGAUACACCCUUCCUAACCAAAACCAAAGAUGUACCCUCAGUCCGUCUGGAACGCCUUACCAAGCUCAGCACCAUCUGCCGUCCAACCGCGUUGGAUAUUUUUGAUCAUCUCAUCCUUCCUUCAUUACAAAAUCUCACUUUGAAAUCAUCGAGCCGCUCGAUUGACCCCGUUCUGACGACACUAUGCAGCCAAAACAUCACCCGCCUCCACAUCACCUCAUGUGUCCUCACGCCCCCUCCAUUAAUAGCAUUCCUGAAAUCAUCUACACGUCUUGAGACACUCGUGCUCCAAUACCUUGACAAAAUCGCGGACUCCGUCCUUGACGUUCUAGCGACGUCAUGUCCGUCUCUCCAACACGUCGAUCUGUCACAAUGUCCUGACGUGCGCACUGGGCCUCUGUCACGCAUCGUGAAAGCACACCAAUUGCCCAGUGAAGGGGCGACAGAUGGAGCAGCAGCAUUCGCUCCGAUUCACACCCUCAUAGUUGACGGGUGCCCUCUGAUUGAUGCGGAGUACCUACCGUGGUUCAGGCAACGUGUGAAGAACUUUAGCUGUGUAUACCUGACGAAGAAGGCUGCUAGCUGGAAGCGCUAAAUACGUAGCAAUAGUGCGAUUGUGUGUGUAUAACGGACGCAUCUGCUAUGGAAACGAUAGAUUGGAACUUGUAAACAAA